AUGAACCAGACUAGCCCUGACCCCGAACGGGCACUGGCGCCCGAGCCCGUGUGGGAGCGGCCCUGGUCGGUGGAGGAAAUCCGCAGGAGCAGCCAGAGCUGGUCCCUAGCGGCGGACGCGGGCCUACUCCAGUUUCUGCAGGACUUCUCACAGCACACUAUAUCCAGGACCCAUGAAAUCAAGAAACAGAUGGAUGGAUUAAUUCGGGAGACUAAAGCCACACAUUGUCGACUGCAUAAUGUCUUCAAUGACUUCCUUAUGCUGUCUAACACCCAGUUCAUUGAGAAUCGCGUGUACGAUGAAGAAGUGGAGGAGCCGGUACUCAAGGCUGAGGCAGAAAAACCAGAACAGGAGAAGACUCGAGAACAGAAAGAAGUAGAUCUGAUUCCUAAAGUUCAGGAGGCUGUAAACUACGGAUUACAAGUAUUAGACAGUGCAUUUGAGCAACUUGACAUAAAAGCAGGGAAUUCGGACUCCGAAGAAGAAGAUGCUAAUGAGCGAGUGGAACUGAUCCUUGAACCAAAGGAUCUCUACAUCGACCGUCCUUUACCCUACCUCAUUGGGUCAAAGCUCUUCAUGGAGCAGGAAGAUGUAGGACUUGGAGAGCUGUCCAGUGAAGAUGGCUCUGUAGGCAGUGAUCAUGGGAGUGUUGGAUACAGUGAAGAAGAGAAAGAGGAGGAGGUAUCAGAUGAAGAGUUUGCUCGUCACAGUGACAAUGAUCAAAAUCAGCGUACCACACAGGUGACUGAUGAAGAAGAGGAUGAUGAUGGUGACCUCUUUGCUGACUCUGAAAAGGAGGAGGAAGAUAUUGAGGACUUUGAGGAAAAUACUAAACCUAAAAGACCCACGUCUUUUGCUGAUGAGCUGGUGGCUCGGAUCAAAGGUGAUGUCCCUAGUCUGCGGAAAGAGGAGCAGAUAGCAGAUGCUAAGCCUCAGAAGACAAGGAAAGAGAAGAAGGAAAGGGGGACACCAUCAGAUGAUGAAGAAGAGAACUUAUUUGCACCCCCCAAGUUAACUGAUGAAGACUUCACACCGUUUGGCUCCAGAAGUGGUCUGUUCAGUGGAGGGCAGGGACUCUUUGAUGAUGAUGAGGAGAGUGACCUCUUCAGAGAAGCACCCUGGAGUCAGCCAGCACAAGCCUCUGUUAGUGAAGAGUCUCCAUCCUCCAAACCUGCAAAGAAAAUCCCAGCAGGAGCUGUUUCUGUAUUUUUAGGGGACACUGAUGUGUUUGGGGCCACCUCUGCCCCAUCACUGAAGGAGCGCCAGAGACCCGAGCAGCCCAUUUCAGAGAAGAGCCCAUACCUGUCAGCACCGGCUGCUGGCCUCUUCGAUGAUGAUGAUGAUGAUGACUUUUUUGUGGCAUCCUGUAGCAAACCUUCCAACACUGACAAAGUCAAGUCCACUGCCAGUAUCUUUGAUGAUGGGGACGGAGAUCUGUUCAGUGAGCAAGCAGCUCUACCAGACGCUCCUGUGCCUCAGACAGAUGAGAGCAAAACGAAGGCAGCAAAAACGAUGACCUUACCUUCUAGCAAAAAUCCAAAGCUUGUAUCAGAAACAAAGACUCAGAAAGGUUUAUUUUCAGAUGAAGAGGACUCUGAGGAUUUAUUUUCUUCACAAAAUUCGAGUAAGUCAAAAAAUGCAUCGCUUCUGCCCAGCAAGCUCCCUGCCUCGGUCUCUCUUUUCAGUGAUGAUGAUGAAGAGGAUAAUCUUUUUGGGACUGUGACUGCUAAAAAGCAGACGUCAUCUCUACCAGCUCAGAGUCAAGAGAAACCCAAACCUUCAGAACAAUCCAAAAAGAAAGCAUCUGCCUUGUUGUUCAGCAGUGAUGAAGAGGACCAAUGGAAUAUUACUGAUUCACAGACCAAGGCAACAAGUGACAGCAGGUCCAAAGGAGAAUUCAGGGACCUGGGGAAGAGCCAAAGCCAGGAGGCCAUGGCUGUGAAAAAGACCAGUCUGUUUGAGGAAGAAGAUGAUGAAGAUGAUCUGUUUGCUAUUGCUAAAGACAGCCAAAAGAAGACUCAGCGAGCAUCACUCCUCUUUGAAGAUGACGCCGAUAGUGGAAGCUCUCUGUUUGGCUCUCCUCCGGUGACUGUUUCGUCUGCAGCAGUGAAAAAAGAGACCAACUCUGAGGUGCCACCUUUGCUGUUCAGUGAUGAGGAGAAGGAGGCAGCGUUCGGAGAGAAAGCUGUGGAGGUGAAGGUUGACGCCAGAGCGUCCUCAGAGCUGGGCAGUGCUGAUACAGCUGAGGUGGCAGAGAAGGAUGGACUUUGGACUGCAUCUGAUCAGGAAGCAGCCGGGCAUUCUGAUUUAUUUUCUUCUACAUCUCCAUUGGACAAAGGCGCCAAGGGUAGAAGCAAAACUGUUCUCAGCUUGUUUGAUGAGGAAGAGGACAAAAUGGGAGAUGUAAACAAUGUCUCUGUGCCACAGAAUGAAAUAGGGAAGGGUCCCAAUAGUGAUGGCCGCCCUAAGAGCACAGGUGUCUUCCAGGAUGAAGAGCUCCUUUUCAGCCACCAGCUUCAAAAAGACAAUGACCCAGAUGUUGAUCUUUUUGCUGGCACCAAAAAACCCAGGUUGUCAGUGCCAAGUGGUGGGAGCCUGUUUGGUGAUGAUGAAGAUGAUGAUCUUUUCAGCUCUGCCAAGACUCCGCCUGUGGUACCAGAAAAAAAGAGAGUUGUGAAAAAAGACCACCCUAUUUCUUCUUUAAAGAACCAGAAGUAUCCUGAAUCCACUCAAGGUAGCAAAGAAAAAGGCAUAUGGAAACCAGACACACCGCAGGAUUCAUCAGGUCUCGCUCCAUUUAAAACCAAAGAGCCAUCCACUCGGAUCGGGAAAAUACAAGCAAAUUUAGCAAUUAACCCAGCAGCCUUGCUGCCUACAGCGCCGCUGCAGAUCCUGGGAGCGAAGCCUGUGUCACCUGAAUUAGCUUUUCCUUCAUCUGAACCGGGAAGGAGCCACGGUCUGGAAAGUGUCCCCGCUCUUCCCGGGAGUGGAGAGGCGGGCGUGAGUUUUGAUCUUCCAGCCCAGGCAGACACCUUGCACAGUGCAAACAAGAGUCGUGUUAAAGUUAGAGGAAAGCGUAGACCGCAGACCCGAGCGGCCAGGAGGCUGGCAGCCCAGGAGUCCAGUGACGCUGAGGACGUGUGUGUCCCCAGAGGUGCUGCUGCGCAGUUGGCAGGUAGUCCUGUUUCACCAAGUGGCCAUCACCCUCAGCUGCAACCGAGAGCCGCAGGUGGAGAAAUCAGUGCUGAGGAGGCCAUGGCCAUAGCCACCCCACCUUGGGAAGCUGGUACUGUGUCUGCAGUGGACAGAAGCCCCUUUGUGAAGUCUCUGCAUCAGACCAGAAAUGAAGCUGACCUAUUUGAUUCUGGGGACAUCUUUUCCAAAAGCAUAGGAUCACAGUCCAUGGAGAGAGCAAAAGUCAAGGGGAAGGCAGCAGAGACCCCGGCCCACUUGCCAGGAGGAAGUAAAGAGAAGAGCCCCCUGUUUCCAGCCCUUAGUGAGGCCAGUAGUGACGAUGAUCUCUUCCAGUCUGCCAAACCCAGACCAGCAAAGAAACCAAAUCCUUUUCCCCUCCUGGAAGAUGAGGAUGAUCUCUUUGCAGAUCACAAUGACAAAAAGAAUGAGCAGAAAUCAGACAGUCAUCAGGACUUUGCAUCAAAAACACAAGACAUUUUUGAGGAUGAUAUAUUUGCUACGGAAGCAAUUAAACCUCUUCAUAAAAAAAGAGAGAAGGAAAGAACUUUGGAAUCCAACUUAUUUGAUGAUAAUGUUGAUAUCUUUGCUGACUUAACUGUAAAGCCCAAAGAAAAGUCCAAAAAGAAAGUGGAAGCCAAGUCAGUGUUUGAUGAUGAUACAGAUGAUAUCUUCUCUUCUGGUCUCCAGGCUAAGACAGCCAAACCAAAAGGCCAGUCUUCACAGGCAGCAUCAGAACCAAGAUCUGAGCACAAGGUGUCCAACAUUUUUGAUGACCCCCUGAAUGCCUUUGGAAGCCAGUAAUGCACAGGGUCUCCAUGCUUCACAUAUCAGCUGCAUCUUUAAGUUAGUGAUGCUGUCUUCUUAGGCUCAUUGUCUUAAUGGGAUUCCAGAAAGUAAACAUGAAAUACAUAGUUCAUGUUUUACCCUAAUUUUUCUGCACUGAUUUUAAUUAUGCUUAAUAUUACAAAACAAAAACAAAUGGCUCACAGGGCAUGUUAGAGACGAAAUCUAUUUGUGGCUUUCAUAUAUGGGGAGGGAAGCCAAGUUGGCAAAUGCCAGGCAGAUGAUCUUUGUUAGGUCAGCGGGAGUCCUUAGUGUGGUCAGGGCCUAGGCAGGUGAAAGAAAGAGCAGGUGAGAGAUUAGAGUUUUAUGAUUCUAAGCCUGUGAGAAGAGACUUCCAACAACUUCCUAAGAUGCCUCUGCAAGGUAUCGUCCUCCACUGUGUCUCAUUCUGUAAAUAAAGUUUUAUUGGAACACA